UAAAUGGCAACCUUAAGUGUAAGAGAAGCUUUAUGCACAGCAAUUAGAGAAGAAAUGCAAAACGACUCUGAUGUGCUUAUCAUGGGUGAAGAAGUUGCAGAGUAUGAUGGUGCUUAUAAAGUAACGAAAGGAUUACUGAAAGAGUUUGGAGAAAACAGAGUAGUUGAUACGCCUAUUACCGAACAUGGAUUUGCUGGCCUUGCUGUUGGAGCGGCAUUUGCUGGAUUAAAGCCAAUAGUCGAGUUUAUGACUUUUAAUUUUUCUAUGCAAGCUAUUGACCAAAUUGUGAAUUCCGCAGCAAAAACAAAUUAUAUGUCAGGCGGACAACUUGGAUGCCCUAUAGUAUUUCGUGGACCAAAUGGCGCUGCAGCAAGAGUUGCUGCACAACAUUCUCAAUGCUUUGCAGCUUGGUAUUCGCAUAUACCGGGGUUAAAAGUAAUAGCACCCUAUUUUGCCUCAGAUUGCAGAGGUCUGCUUAAAGCUGCAAUUCGUGACCCUAAUCCGGUAAUAUUUCUAGAAAACGAAAUAGCUUAUGGACAUGAGCAUGAAGUUUCUGACUCUGAGCUAUCAAACAAAGAUUAUCUACUUGAGAUAGGCAAAGCUGCUGUUAUACGGGAAGGAAAGGAUGUAACUAUCACUGCUUUUUCAUUAAAAUUAAUGGAUGCCUUAAAUGCAGCAGAUUUACUUUCGAGUGAAGGUAUAGAAGCUGAAGUUAUUGAC